AUGUGCGUUUGGCUAAUUUUGUUGUCAGCUGCAGCCGCUGCUGAUGAUUUUGCGGCUGUCGCCGCGACGGAUUUUGAUGUUCCGGGGUGUGCCGUGACUGGGGCAAGCGUGCUGCAGCACCGCGCCCAUACAUCCUCGACAGCAAAGGCUGCUCCAGAGUGUGGACGGGCUUCGCUGCUGUCUCGUGGCACCGUCGGGCGAGGAGGAGGAGGUCUUGAUGCUUCGUCCGGCAACAUCGACUACAUGCAUGGAUCCUUUACGGACUACAAGAGCUUCCAAUCGAGCCGCGUCCCGCUAAACUGCCCGUGGAACCAUGCUCUCCUGAAUGAUUUUCAUGAGGGCAAAGUGUAUCAGCAGUGCUGUCCUCUCAGCAGUUUGGCCUGCGCCGGAUGCGAACGCUACGACCCUUCAACGGACUCCUGCCUUCAGUGUGCCGCCGGCUUCCAUCCUUUCGUCCCGAGUGAACCAGCUGCAUCCAACCAGACGAUUUGCCAGCUGUGCACCGAUGUUGCAUGGGCAGAUGCUGACGGCUCCAACUGCGCUGCCUUUGAGACGUCGGGGAUGUGCAGCCUUGGCAGGGUUCCUAAUGCCUUGAACCUCACCGUGAACAAGGGCCUGCUUGCCACGGAGGCGUGCUGUGCCUGUGGGGGUGGAGCUCGUGGAGCUUCUCCCUUUGCCUACCCAGCGCUCAACGUCCCCUGUGGCAAAAGCGCGGUGGCCCUCCUGCCAGUACCGCGCUUGGAUGCCGCCUACCUUACGGAGCAGUGCUUGGUGCACCAAGUGAACUUGACCAUGGACGGCCGCACUGGCAAGGUCUUCGGCGACCUGAAUUCGCCAGAGCCCCAGACCAUCACCUGCCAGAUCACCACGAAGAAGGCCCGGCCAGGUGAUGUGAUCACACCGCGAGCCUCAGCGAACCUUCAGAUUCGAGUGGUCCACUUCGCGUGCAGCGCCAGCGCCCUGACCUUCACCGAGCCCAAUCAGAGCUUCACUCCGGCGUUUCAGGGAUCCUUCGGCGAGUUCGAGCUCCGCUGCACCCCAGAUUUGCCCUGGGCGCAGAUUGACCACUUCGGCACCAUCUCGCAGAACGGCAACUCACCUCUUCCCCGCACUGCUGGGUGCACAGUGAGUGCCAAGGGGUGCCUGGAUGGUGCAGGGGGCAACUGCACCGUGGUGACACGGUCUACGGAAACCGUGCUGGUGGCUGCCAAUGAGCCGACAGAGCUCUUCUUAGUCUCUGAGGAGUUGAGUUUGGUGGUUGGCAGGGCCACGAGGAACAUUCGACUCUCCUCCGUUCUCAACGCUCAAGAAGAAUCCGAGAUUGACCCUCCUGUGGCAUACCACGUGGAGUGCGGUCAAGGCACCCGCUUCGACGCGCGGCGUGGUGUCCUGACCAAGGAUGGGCUGGAGGUGCAAGGCGAGCCGUCGGCGGCGUUGCUGAAGCACUGCCACGCGUCGCAGUCCCGGUGCCAGAUUCGCCUGGCUUGUCGUGCCUAUGCCGUGCUCCCCUUCAGCAAAAAGCUUCUGCGGGCCGAUUUCCGGGUGUCAGUCAUGGACAACACAUGCUGGACGAGGGGCCAGCUGGACAGGGGUUUUGAAGAGCGCUUCAAACAGGACUACUUCGCUCCGCUCCCUGCUCUGAAGAUACUGUCGAAUCAAACGUUGGAUGCUAAUGCCUCUAACGCGACCGUUGCGCGCUGCCGUGGCCUGUGCGGCGCGGACAAGACGUGUGCAGCUGCGGGCGUAGACCUUGCAGGCAACUGCUACAAAGCGGUGCAUGCGGGGCGGCCCUCUGCCUCAAACCUCACUUCCGUUCACGUGAAGGUUACGGACUGUGACCCUUUGAAGCAGUGCUUGAUGAUCGCGGUUCCGGGCGAGGCAUACCUUUCGGGCCAGUUCUGCCCGGUGGAGAACCACAUGCAGCUGCCAGUUUACAGCAAGGACGGCGCCACGGACGCUUCCACUCUGUACCUGGGUCCUUGUUGGAUACAAUUUGUGUUAUAA